AUGGAACGACGGAAGCGGAAGUCCGCUUUAGCCAAUUAUCUGAACAGUCUCAGUGAUCCGCCCGAAAAACUGAAGAAAAUUACGGAUUUUUAUCACAGCCUGCGGCAGUUUUAUAAAAGAAAAUGGAAUGCGCCACUGAAACUGCCAACUGUGCAGGGAGUGGAAGUGAAUCUUUUCCGGCUGUACGACACGGUUAUGGCUUUGGGAGGAUGGCAGAAGGUGGCUCUCCAUGAAAAGUGGUCUGAUGUCGCAGAAAUGCUUGGCAUUGGCGAGGACGUUGUUGGUGGAGAUCAUGCCAUAAAAUUGCUGUACAUGAGGUACCUCUCUAAGUACGAGCAAAUUGAAACCAUCGGUGACCUAGACGACAUGCUGGAUGGAGAAAUGUCGCGAUCCCGUGGCAGACAGAGUUCAUUUUUCGCUACUAACGAUUGUCCCGUUGGCAUGGGAAGAAAUCAUGAGUACAUUCGACGUGAUGAGCGCGGAAACCCGUCAACAGAGCCGGACUAUGCAAAGUUAACGAAGUCGCUUCUAAGUGGAUUGCCUAAUGAGGUUGAUUUUGCCAUGAAUGUCUGCACCCUUCUAUCACAUCCUGGGCCGCGGCUUCUCCGAUUGAGCCAUGCACCUAAUAUAAUUACUUUGCUAGUUGCUCAUUGUGGAAUAUUUGAUGACGAAGAUCAAGAUAUCUCGGAUCUUGCAACCGUUUGGCAUAGUAAUGGCGGACGCGAUUUCACUACUUUCUGGGCAUCGGCUGGAAUUCCAGAAGACCUCUUGGAGAAAUUCGCACCGCAUGUUGUUGGAAAGAAAGUGGACUCCGAUGGCGAUAUAUUCACUGGGUACCUCUCUAAGUACGAGCAAAUUGAAACCAUCGGUGACCUAGACGACAUGCUGGAUGGAGAAAUGUCGCGAUCCCGUGGCAGACAGAGUUCAUUUUUCGCUACUAACGAUUGUCCCGUUGGCAUGGGAAGAAAUCAUGAGUACAUUCGACGUGAUGAGCGCGGAAACCCAUCAACAGAGCCGGACUAUGCAAAGUUAACGAAGUCGCUUCUAAGUGGAUUGCCUAAUGAGGUUGAUUUUGCCAUGAAUGUCUGCACCCUUCUAUCACAUCCUGGGCCGCGGCUUCUCCGAUUGAGCCAUGCACCUAAUAUAAUUACUUUGCUAGUUGCUCAUUGUGGAAUAUUUGAUGACGGUAUGUUUACUCACUGCAUUCGCGAUUGUGUGUGUUUUGAUUGUGAAUCUUUAGAAGAUCAAGAUAUCUCGGAUCUUGCAACCGUUUGGCAUAGUAAUGGCGGACGCGAUUUCACUACUUUCUGGGCAUCGGCUGGAAUUCCAGAAGACCUCUUGGAGAAAUUCGCACCGCAUGUUGUUGGAAAGAAAGUGGACUCCGAUGGCGAUAUAUUUACUGGGUUAGUAAAGGAGUUCGAUGUGAAAGAUCCUAUGUCAUGGAGAAUUAAUCAGGUUUCGACGAUAGUGAGAAACUUGUCAUUCGAGCCUAUUAACAGAGUGACGAUGGCUCAGUGUUGGCCUUUGUUUAGGUUCCUCUUUCUUUGUGCCAAUAGCAAGUGGGCUCCACUGUAUACCGCGGCCAUGGAUACCCUGAGCAACCUGGCCUGUGAUAUUGACCUAACUUGGCACAAAAUGGUGCAUUGCUCCGACCAUGCCUUAUUAAGAAUCGUGAAAGAAGGCAUCUUCAGCAACGACAAGUUCAAGCUCAUACGUUCUAUGGAGAUACUUACUGCACUCAGCAGUUUUGAGGGAAAUGAGUCGACCAUAUGCGAUUUUUUGGAUAGCAAAAUGUUCGAACACAUCUUCAAUGUUGUCUGUAUAAAGGACAUAAUGAUGUGUGUCUACACUUUGGAGUGCCUCUAUCAGGCAAGAUUUAAUGAGACUUUUCUGAUUGACUUCGCUUUUCCUCAAGAAAUUUCCGAGAUGGGAGAUGUAGCGUGUCAGUUGCUGGCCGAAAUGCCACGUGCUAUUACGCAACUUGUAUCGAUGGCCACUCUUGAAGCAGUUAGUUUUGGACCAGCAGGAUUAGCUGGCAUGAAAGUGGUGGAAUAUCAGCCCACACAUCUCGUGCAGCCAAUGAUGCAGCAGCAGCACCAUGGUCAAUACGUCUCACAACAUCAAACACCUCAAGCGCAUCAUCAACAGGUUUGCAGACUUGAUCAUUUCUUUAUGAGUGAGGUGAACGGUCAAACUCAUCGCAUGUUUUUCAAGCCAAGGGUACUGUACUCCGGUGGAACUCAAAUUGCUGGACCACCUCAGCAAAUGCGUCAUAUUGUGCAACAACAGCAUCAACAACAACACAAUCAGCAUAUGCCAGCCCACAUACAGCAAACUCCUCACCACCACGUUGUUACUUCCAGUACACCACGUACUCAUUUUACUCCUGCUCCCCAAACAGGAACUCCUGCAAUGCCUUCUAGCGGUGGUGGCGAAAACAAAGUAGACCAGCUCACUGAACAGUGGAUCCGGCAGAACUGCAUUUUAGAUCGCAAUGCAGUCACCCCGCGAGGGGAACUCUAUGCGGCAUACGUCGAUGAUUUGCGAAAUCAGUACCACUCUCUCAGUGGUAGCUUGGCAAUGUUUAGCAAUGUUAUGAAGUCUAUUUUUCCCGAGCUUGUAUUCAAAAUGGCAGACAACGGGUUGAUGAUGGUAGCGCAAGGCAUACGAUUAGUCAAGCCACAUAGAUUGGCUCCUGCAGCUUCCGCUCAAGUGGUGAAUAGUGGAGCAUCCAUUCCUACUAAUCCCACUCCUCCCGCUAUGACUCCUGUCACUCCAGCACCUCAACCACCACCACAUUCUGCCACCAUUGCUGCUCAUCCUCUGAUGAAACAGAUCUUGACGAAAAACGCCCAAGCCUCCUUACCUAUUGUCAAUGGCAUUAAUGGUGUAGCCACGAGCAAUCCAUCGUCAAGGAGCGCGUCACCAGCGGUUGACGUCAAUACCGAGCGAAAAGAGGAAAGCCCAACAAAACAUGCCGACGCCAAGCCCUCACAAGAACCAGAGACCAAGACGAAUGGACAAAAUGUUAAGGCUGAAAAUGGAAUUGCAGCGUCUGACGAUGAGCCAAGCGAUGACGAGAAGGCUUCUCGCCGUAAGGAAUCCGAAAUGAAGACUACGCAGUCUGUUCUCAAGAGCUUGAUAGAUCCAUUGGCGGAGUAUAUGUGCGAAUGGGAUGGCUGCGCUGCAUUGUUCGCAACCGCAUCUGCAGUCCUUUCGCAUGUUGCCCGACGGCACAUCAUAGAUGAUUGCGAGCAGGCGUGUCAGUGGCCAGGAUGUGACGGCACGUUAAGAAGCAGGUGGUCAUUGGUAACUCACGUGCAAGAUCAUCAUGCAAACGAAACAGCUCUGAAAAUGGCCUUGCAGAGGAGAAAAGAUGGGCUAGCUCCAGCGCAACCUCAUCGAUACAGGCAAGAACUACCACGUGAAGUGCCUCACCAUCCUGGUUAUAGCAAACAUGCUGCCAUAGAAGCGAUUAGGCGGCAUGCUUUCAAUUUUCUUCCUAGAGACAUAACGGAUGAGCCAGAAGGUCCUGUCACGAAGAGCAUACGUUUAACAAGCUGUUUGAUUCUCAGAAAUUUGGCACGAUAUUCUGCCACUGGGAGACAUUUAUUGCGGCGUCAUGAACGUCAUCUUUGCUGGCUGGCUCUGUCACGGUUAGAAAGCAGUCAUGCUCUAGCGCAGUUGUUAUCUGAGCUUCAUGAUCAGGACUCUGUUCCCACACCUCAGGCCAGUUCACAAGCGUGUUCAUAUUUCAAUCAUAUGUCAAAAGAAAAGAGCGUGGUCUACUACUAUCAUCCAGAAGUUGGAAAUUUCCAUUAUGGUCCACGCCAUCCCAUGAAACCACAGCGCCUAGCUGCUUUGAAUAAUCUUGUAGUGCACUAUGAACUUGACAAGAAAAUGGAGAUGCGGUUGACUCCGAGAGCGAGCGCCAUCGAUAUAAGGCGGUUUCACUCGAAGGAAUAUGUCGAUUUCCUCGAACGGAUCUCACCGCAUUGUGCUGAGGAAUACGAACACGUUUUCGCAAAAUUCAAUAUAGGAGAAGACUGCCCCAUAUUCGACGGCAUUUUUGAGUUCUGUUCCAUUUACACUGGAGGAUCGUUAGAGGGCGCCCAGCGUCUCAAUCACAAAGCAGAAGCCAGUGGAUUUUGUUAUGUGAAUGAUAUAGUUAUCGCUAUACUAGAACUUUUAAAAUACCAUAAACGGGUUCUGUACAUAGAUAUCGAUAUUCAUCAUGGAGAUGGAGUUCAAGAAGCGUUCAAUUUUACUGACCGUGUUAUGACUGUGUCAUUCCACAAGUAUGGUAGCUUGUUCUUCCCAGGAACAGGUAGUAUAUACGAUCUCGGACAAGGAACGGGUCGGUAUUUCGCUGUAAAUGUUCCUUUGCAGCAAGGAAUUGAAGAUGAUGACUACUUAUCCGUAUUUCGGCCAAUAAUUGGACAAGUCGUGGAGAAUUUCGCUCCUGAAGCUGUCGUGCUACAAUGUGGUGCAGAUUCGCUCGGUUGCGAUCGACUUGGUUGCUUCAAUCUUUCAUUUGAUGGCCACGCCGAGUGUGUACGGUACGUGAAAAGUCUUGGAAUUCCGAUGCUUGUCUUGGGCGGAGGAGGCUACACCUUGAGGAAUGUGGCUAGAUGUUGGGCAAAUGAAACUGGUGUUCUGCUUGACGUUGAAAUGACCAAUGAAAUUCCUGAGAAUGCUGAGUACCUUCCAUUCUUCGAACCAGAAUUUACACUCCGUCCUGAGCUUCCAAAACGUGCUGAUAACCACAACACAAAGGAGUUCCUCGCCGCAAUUAGGCAAGAAAUUACUGAGAAUUUGCGGCAAGUUCGAGGAGCACCGUCGGUUCAGUUCAUGCCAAUACCUGAAGAUAUGAUUGAUAUUGAUGUGGCCUUGUGCCGGCCAGAACUCGGAGAUGAAGAAAGAGGAAAAGACCACGAAGAGACGAACGUCACUUUCUCAGGCAUUGAAGUGUAA